AUGAAGGUGAUGAAGUCGAAAGUGACAGAUAAAUCUGCCGAAGGGCAGAAGGUCAAGAAAUUCAGAUCAAAAGUCCCUGGAGUUAUGAUCACGCAGUAUGUGGAGGAAAUACCAGAGGGGAAAAGCCACCCUGACUUCACACGCAAGCCCAUCGCAUUAACUAUUCAGGAGGGCAAGUUCGGGGUGUUCAAAGCCAUUGUGUAUGGUGAACCUACACCCAAAGUGACAUGGAACCGAGCAAAUGGAAAGAUAGACGAUCCAGAGAAGUUCCAGAGCAAGUAUGACGAGGCGACUGGUGAACACACCCUAGAGAUCCCCAAAGUAAGUGCAGAAGAUGCCGACACCUACAAAUGCUUUGCAACAAAUGAGUAUGGAAAGGCUGUUUGCACUAUCCAGCUGAAUGUCAUUGAAGUUGGAUUCAAAAAGACAAAGGAAUUAGCCAAGUCCAAAGAAGAAAAAGAAGCACUCAAACCUGGGUCUUUUAGAACAAUGUUGAAGAAGCGGUCAGAGACCUGGCCAUAUGUCCAUGAGCAAAAGCCACUCGAAUCUGAAGAGAAAGUUUGGGAGAUCCUGAUGAGUGCCGACAAGAAAGAUUAUGAACAAAUCUGUGCUGAGUACGGCAUCACUAAUUUCCGUGGCAUGCUGACAAAACUGGCUGAAAUGAAAAAGGAGAGAGAGGUGGAACAGGCACAGUUUAUUGAACAUAUCAGUUCGCUCAAACACAUCGGAGUCAAUGCUGAUGAAAAUGCAACAUUUGAAAUUGACAUGGAUCUUAAAGAUGCCAGCAGCAGGAUUUUCCUCUACAAGGAUGGUGUUAUGAUUCCUUACACCGUUGAGAUGGAAGAAGAAAUGAAGCACCAACUGAAACGAGUUGGCAAAAAGUUCAUUUUCACGAUCAAAAAUCUAGACCCGGAAGAUGCUGGUCUCUAUUCAGUGGAUGUAGAGGGAGUUAAUGUCUUCUCCACCGAUUUCAAAAUUCCACCUGUAAAUUUCGCCGUCAAAAUUGAGGAGGUGAAGGCAGAAGAAAGACAAGAUGCCAUCUUUCAGUGUGUCUUAACGGCACCUAUGGCUGAGAUUAAUUGGAUGGGCAAGAGUGCCCCGAUAGAAAAUAAUGACAAAUUUGAAAUCACAGUGUCUGAAGACAAGCUCAUUCACAAGUUGUUAGUGAAGGAUUGUCAGCCUUUGGACGCUGGUAUCUACGCAGCUGUGGCAGGUAUCCAUUCCUGUAAUGCCUGGCUUGUGGUGGAAGUUGACAAGAACCCUGCAAACAAAGGCAAGAAGAUAGCUCGCAAAACAACCCAGGCUGGAGGAGGUGAUUUGGAUCUGGAGAAAAUAGCAAAGGAGCAGGCGGAAAAACACAAGAAAGACAUGGAAGAGAGGAUGGCGGAAGCAAAGAUAAAGGCUGCCGAGAGAGGGGUCACUGACGCAGCCGCCCAGGCUGAGAAAGAGGCCACUGAUGCAGCCACCAAAGCCGCUAGAGAGGCAGCUAGGGCUGCGGAAGCUAAGGCUAAGGCUAAGGCAGAGAAAAAAGCUGCUAAAUUAAAAGAUGCUAAGGAGAAAGCAAAGGCAAAGAAGAAAGCCUCAGGUGGUGGAGCUGCAGGAGGUGGGGCUGCAGGUGCAGGAGCUGCAGGUGCUGAAGGUGCUGGGGCUUCAGGUGCUGGGGCUGCAGGUGCUGGGGCUGCAGGUGUUGGGGCUGCAGGUGGUGGAGCUGCAGGUGUUGGGGCUGCAGGUGGUGGGGCUGCAGGUCGUGGGGCUGCAGGUGGUGGGGCUGCAGGUGGUGGAGCUGCAGGUGAUGGGGCUGAGGGAGAUUCUGGAUCGGAAUACGAAGACAUAGUAGUAAGCACAGAUGAGUCUGAUGAGGAAGAUGGAGCCACAAAAACAAAGCGUGUGAGAAGUGGCAAAGUUGUUCCAGACACGUUCAUAGGAAAGAUAAAUAGUAAUGGCACAGCCACAGAUGCCAAAGUCCAAAAAAGAAAGGCAAAGAGCGGAGAUGGUGCUGGUGGUGCCGGACCAGCAAGCGGUGGUGCGUCUGCCAACAAUGGUGAGGCUGCAAGUGGCGAUGAGGCUUCAAGUGCCGAUGAGGCCAACGAGCCAACAGAAGCUGCUAAGCGUGGCAAGCGCACAGGCCGCACAAGGCCAGGCCCAAUACUUCAGGAGACGGUCAUUGAUCCUGGCGUUCACUUCAACCUUGGGCUUUCUGACGUCACCGCCAUUCUGGGAGACCCAGCUGAACUUGUCUGUAAGCUGAGCAAGGAAAAUGUUGAUGGUGUAUGGUACCUGAAUGGAGAGGAGAUUGAACCCGAUGAUGUUCUUACCAUGUCUAAAGAUGGAUUCUUCCAAUCUCUGAAAAUCAGCAAAAUCUCAGAGGACUAUGCUGGAAAAUACAAAUUUGAGGCAGAUGGGCGUAAAACAGAGGCCAUGAUUGUUGUUGAAGAUCCACCUAGAUUCGACGCAGAGGAAUUGAAAAAGUUUACUGUCCCAAUCGUUACUAAAAAAGGUCAAAAAGCCACUUUCAAGAUACCAUUUGUGGGUCGGGAUCCAAUGAAGAUCCAAUGGUACCAUGAAGGCGAGGAGCUCUCAGACGACACAAACAUCAAGAUAGAGCAUGGAGAGGGUUAUAGUCAACUAACUCUUAACAAGUUACAGCGCAAAGACACUGGAGAAAUCAAGUUUAAACUCAAAAAUGAGUUUGGAACUGUUGAGGCCUUUGCAAAGAUCAUUGUAACUGACAAGCCCACCCCUCCCAUGGGACCUCUGGAGAUUAUUGAAGCCUCUCAAAAUGCAAUUGAGGUGAAGUGGAGGUCCCCAAAGGAUGAUGGUGGCUGUAAGAUACUAAACUACAUCCUGGAACGUCAACAGAUAGGCCGCAACACCUGGAAGAAGCUGGGUCCGAUCGGUCCAGAGGCCCACUACAAGGACAGUGAUGUGGACCAUGGCAGGAGGUACUGUUACAAAAUCAGGGCCGACACUGAGAUGGGCACCAGUGAGUUGAUGGAGACAGAGGAUGUCCAGGCUGGCACAAAAGCAUACGCUGGACCCCCUUCUGCACCCAAAGUGGUCAGUGCCUUCAAGGACUGUAUCACUCUGACAUGGAAUCCCCCUUCCAACACUGGAGGAACCAACAUUCUGGGAUAUAACAUGGAGAAACGCAAGAAGGGAAGCAAUCUAUGGAGCCCUGUCAAUCCUGCAGAUGAUAAGAUAAAAGAGAAGGAGUUCGGUGUGAAAGACGUGAUAGAGGGCAUGGAAUACGAAUUCCGUGUGGCAGCUAUCAACAACUCUGGAGCUGGUGAAUUUGGCACUCCGUCUGAGUUUGUGUUUGCCAGGGAUCCAAAAAUCAGGCCUAGAUUCACUGAUCAAAAAGUCAAGAGUUUCAUGGUGGUACAAGCAGGGAAUUCUGCACGAUUCAACAUGAACUUUGAGGCCUCCCCUUGGCCAGAUGUCACCUGGAUGAAGGAUGGCAUGCCUGUGUCCAAACGGGUUACCAUCAGUAAUGCUGAAGGGGCAUCCCAACUUUUGAUUCCUUCUUCAGAGCGCUCAGAUACAGGAAUCUAUACCAUUAUGGUCAAGAAUAUCGUUGGCCAGGAGACAUUCAGCAUUGAGAUCAGAGUUACAGACGAGCCCAAACCUCCAGGUCCUGUGGAGGUAGAUGAGAACGUACCGGGCACAGUUACCAUCUCCUGGUCGCCAUCUCCUGAUGAGAAGAGGGAUGACAGGCUGCACUACCUGGUGUCGAAACGUGACUCAAGCAAGAGAACGUGGCACACAGUGGCAGACCACAUCUUUAACAACAAGUUCACAGCCUGUAACAUCAUGCCUGGCAGAGAGUACCAGUUUCGUGUCUAUGCCAAGAAUGACAUGGGCUCUUCUCAACCCUCAGAAUCACCAAAGUGGGAAAUCACAGGCAAAAGAGAAAGGUUUGUGCUGGACAGGCCAGAGUCUAAGACCUGCAACCUAGAGCGUCCUCCCAAGUUCCUUGUCCCGUUGAAAAUGCACACCGCUCCACAAGGUUAUGAGUGCUACAUGAGCUGUGCUGUCAGAGGGGACCCAACACCCCAUGUCACAUGGUACCGUAAUAAUAUCAGCCUCAAUACCAACACCAACUACCUAAUCUCCAACACCUGUGGGGUCUGCUCCAUGCUUAUACUGAGGGUUGGACCCAAGGACACUGGAGAGUACAAAAUCAUCGCAGAGAACCAACUGGGCAGGGCAGAGUGUUCCACUAAGCUCACUGUCUCAGAUUAG